ACCCAUCGACCUCGAAGCCUUUGGGCCGAUGCCGUGUGCAUCAAUCAGCGAGAUAAUAAAGAGAAAGGACACCAAGUUGCUCUCAUGGCCAAGAUCUACAGCAAUGCAAACUGCGUUUUGGUCUGGCUGGGGGAAUCCAAUGGAGCCAUCCAUGCAGGAAUUGGGUGCUUCCGCCGACUUGCCGACGCAGCCUGGAAGUAUGGUCUACGAUAUAACAAAAAAGUGGACUUUGAUUCGAGUAACGCAUUUUUCACUCAAGACUGGUUUGCCGGGCUUUGGAUUGUCCAAGAAUAUGUUCUAACUUCCUCAGUUAAAAUAUAUAGUGGUCCUGAUGUCUUGUCACAUCAGGAGCUCUCUCUAGCAGGAUCUGUCUUUUUGUUGAAAUUGGUACGCUAUCAUAGCUAG